AAACAAUUCUAAUACCUUGUAUGUAACUAAUCAAUCGUGGCUUCUAUCAAUUUAGCAAAGUUAACCUUCCCAAUACGAUAGGAGUAUUAGGAUAUGGAGCAAUUGGGAAAGCUUUUACAGAAGUAUUACUAAAGUAACAUCCAAGUAAAGUUCUUUAUAAAUUUUGUUUAGAAGCUAAAAUUGUAGCUCUUGAUAAGUACGACGCCUUUUUUCCAAAUGAGAGAAGAUUUAAAACUAUAAUAUAAAAACGAACUCGAGAUAACCUAGCACAAACUCUUGAUGUAAUGAGGUAUAAAUUAAUAAUAAACAUUCAUUUUAGACUAAAGGAAGGAGAUACACUUGUUGAUUUGUCAACUAAUAUUGAAUUUUCAGACAUUUGGGCUCUUUGUGCUUAAAAAGGAGUUCGAUAUUUGAAUACAGCUUUAGAGGUAUGGGAAGAUAGUGAAGAUGCUAAUUCAUGUCCUGAAAAUGCAGAGGAGGCAUAUAAAUUGACAUUAGGAUAUAUUAAGGACAAUGCCAAAAAAUCUCCAUUUUGGUAAAAAGUAAAAUAAUAUUAUAAAAUAAAGGGUCCCACUGCAUUAUUAGAAACUGGAUUUAAUCCUGGAGUUGUAUCACAUUGUGUAAAAAGAGGGUUGGAGGAUUGUGCUAAGCAUUAUAUAUAAAAUCCUAAUAAAGAUUAUGAUUUAGGUGAUUUAAGAAAAUAUUUGAAAGAGAAAAAUCAUUCAAAAAUAGCAUAAGUACUAGGAGUACAUACAAUUCACUGUUCAGAAACUGACAAUUAAUUAAUGGCUGAGAUUCCUAAAGAUGUGAAAACAAAGUUCUAUAAUACAUGGUCUUGUAGAGGAUUUCUAACUGAAGGCUUAGUUCCUAUAUAAGUGGCAAGAGGAUCACAUGAAGAUACACAUAUUGGAAAUUGCUAUACAAUAAGAAAUGGUAGAACAAUAGUAUCAAAAAUACCAUCAGUAAAUAUAUGGGCAAAGAGUUGGGUACCAAAUGAAGAUAUUACAGGUAUUAUUAUAAGAGUUAAAAUUUGAGGUGUUUUGAUUCCACAUGGAGAAGCUUAUUCAAUUUAAGAUUAUUUAAGUGAUCCAUAGACAGGAUACUCGCCUUCAUAAUAUUAUGUUUAUGAUUAUAAUCCAUUAGCUAAAGAGUUCAUUAGGAAUUUACCUAGUGAUGCCACUAUAGAUAAUACUCAUCCAAAAAUGGAAGUUAUUCAUCCAAUGAAUCAUACAUCAUUAAAAGGUUGGGAUAAGGUUGGAGCACUCUUAAUUAUGAAAAAUAAUAGAGCUUGGUGGACUGGUAGUAUUAUGGAUGAAAUUGAUUGUUCUAAUAUUUAUAAAGGAAUGUUUGGUCCAACUGUAUUAUAGGUUGUAGCAGGAGUUUAUGGAGGAUUUUUAUGGACUUGUUAAUAUCCAAAUAUAGGUGCUCAUUUCUCUGAAGAUGUUGAAACUGAUGAUCUUAUUCAAAUUGUAAUAAUAAAUACUAUUGUUAGGGUGAACAUCUAAUGGGUAGAUUUAUUUCCAUCCCAGUUGACUUGACCUAAACUAAAAUUAAAGAUUGUUAUAAACUACAAAGUUUCCUAUGCUAAUAAAUUUGA